AUGAUCAACGUCGGUGAAACAUGCAAUCAACUAAAGAUUGCAUUGACAAAUGCGCUCGAUCGUCAAGGCGAGACAAUGCCUGUUCAAGUGUUGAUCGAUCGUCUUGUUGACGAUGUACAUCGAUUGCCUACUAUGGACGUAGCUGGAGAUAUUCUUCGUUUCAUCUUCUAUCCAUUCGGCACACGAGCACUUGAUCACGGAUCACAGCUUUUGGCUAUCAAGAUGGCCAAACUCAUGCAAUGGUGGCUAACAGUAAAACCAAGUGAAGCACCACCCAAAGGUUUACUCGAAUUAAUUCGUGAACGACGCAUUAUUGUCAUGCAACAAAUCGAGGGUAGACUCAUUCCGAGUCGACGAGAUGAUACUCGAAAACCAUUGACUCUACUUCAUCUGAUUCGUCUAUUUAAAUUUACGCGAUGUACUGGAAAAGAAAUGAACGCAUUGAUUGAAUUACUCACUGCAUGUCUUAACUACAAUGAUAGCAAUGCUAUUGAUAUGCAACGUUAUCUCAUUGAACCGGCUCAUUUCGAAUCACUCUGGCGACUCUAUUUUGAUCCAUUAUUAAUCGAAAAAGUGACAAGUCAAGAUCCACGUGCACGCAAUGAUGCUCCAGGUCAAACAGCUUAUUUAUCAAAUCAACCCAUUACAGUACGAUGGACAGAUGAUCGUGAAGAUGUUUGUACUGAUGGUGUAGUAAAUGCUCGUGAACGUAUCGAUCGUUUAGUUCAUCGAGCAUUGAGUGCCUGUAAUGGAAAAGAACAAUUGAUGAGUUUACUUACUACCAUACAAACAAGUUUAUUCAAAGUUGAUCAUGUCUUUUCAGCUUGGCAACUUCUUUAUCGUCAUAUAAAAACAUUUGAUUAUUUUGACAAAACUAUUAGUGAAUAUUUAUUCGAUCGUUUACACGAUGUCGAUAUGACAGGCUAUGAAAAUCAACUGUAUACAUUUAUUGUCGAUCAUUUAUUUGAGAUUUGGCCAUCAAUGAUCGAUAAUGAUCUACUUGAAUCGGUUCGUUAUCGAAUUGUUCAACUCGUACGAACACUUAUUAAUAAUAAGACAAGUGAUUCGAAUCGACUCGUUGAACAAAUAACUGAACGUAUUUGUGCAAAUACACCUGUAAACAAUGUACGUGGUCAUCUUUGUUUCUUCUUAAUUCUUCAUGAUUUACUUCCAAUUUAUUACAAAGCAGUGUUAACUGGUGCGAUUAAAAAAAUUAAUCUGAAUAUGUUGAUAUGGUAUGUUGAUUUUGUCAUGGAUGAUAACGAUGAAAUUGAUAAUAAAGCAAACCAUCAUUUUGUUCUAUUGUCGAUUUUGAAAUAUAUGAGUAUGUUUACCGAACAUAAUCUACUUCAGCUAUGGUUCGAUCGUUUGAUAAUUCAUCCGCUCAAUGCAUUUUGUUUUCAACUCAUCGAACAUUCUGUUUGUCCUACGACCACACUUACAACUUAUGUACAACAUGCCAAUGAAACACAAAUUCAACAAGUUCUCAGUUGUAUUCAAUUUGAUCUAGCUCAAGAAUAUAUUUCUAUCUUAUUAACCAUUCUAGAAUCAUUAGCUAAAAGUAUUCAUACACAAAAAUAUCUCUUUCGAUCGAAUGAUCUUCAUCGAGUUAUUCAAUCGUGGUUACAAUUGAUUACUCUACCAUCGACUAUCAUUCGACUUGUUGAAUUACUACUCGAUAUUGGCUAUUCAAAAUAUAAUAAACAUACAACGGACAUUGCUCAAUUCUUUCUCGAUGACUAUUCUUCUACAUUGAUAUCGAUCAAUUUUGAAAGUCAUAGUCCUUUUGCUUACAUCAUUUUAUUUAUAUCUUCGAUUGAAAACAAUGAUGAAACGAAUACAAUCGAUACAAAUUCGAUAGCAGAACGACUUAUGAAACUUUUAUUUGAAAGUGUCGAUAAAACAACCGAUAAUGAUAAUAGUCCAAGUUCAUCUCAUUUACUUAGUCUCAGUAAAGAAAUUAUCAAGGUUCGAUCACGUACUAAAAUGAUUUCACUUCUUUCAUCAUUCAUACCUGAUAUUAUGGGUCUAUUAGGUCGUACGGGUCAAUUGAAAAAAAGCUGUGAAUUAUUUACUGGCACCCAACAACAACAACAACAAACAUUAUUCUUCAGUAGUGAACAAUCAAACACAUCGGAUGUUGUUCGUGUACGACAUGAAGAUUUUCUCAAGGCUCAUAAACUGCUAGAAAAUUUGAACAAAGCUCAACCGAACAAAAUCGAUCAAAUUCUUCGUUCUCAUUUGUCAUACACACGUUCUAGUGCAUCAGUCGUCAAUGAUAAAAAAAAACAAGAUCGACUUGUUCUUACUGAUACAGCAUGUGAGAAUGUCGCGAAAGUACUUGAAGUACUCGAUGAUCCCAUUCCAAUUUUACUCGAAGGCAGUACGGGUGUUGGUAAGAGUGCCAGUGUCAUGGAGGCAGCUCAUCAAUCAGGACAUACUCUCAUACGAUAUAAUAUGUCAUCACGUGUUACAAUCGAUGAUCUACUCGGUAAAGUGGCGCUAGUACUCGAUGAACAAUCUCAAACAACACGUUUACAAUUUGUCGAUGGACCAUUUACUACCGCAUUUACUCACGGUUAUUGGAUACUCUUUGAUGAACUCAAUCUGGCUCAAGAUACUGUACUUCAAGCUAUCGAAUCAGCUCUUGAUACACGUCAACUGAUCAUUCGUAAUGCAAGUUCUGCUCAACAAUCGGUUGUCGUACAUCGAAUGCAUCCAGAUUUUCGAUUAUUCGCUACACAAAAUCCCAAUACAGGCUUUUUCAAAGGCAAACGAGAAAAGCUAUCUCCAUCAUUUCUAAGUCGUUUUCGUCCACUCAUCUUCAAAGAAUUACCCGAUCAUGAAUGGUGUGAAAUCGUUCAACAACGACUAUCAUCUUCUAUACCUGAUCAAGCAGAAGUUUUGGCUGAACUUCUAGUAUCGCAUUUCAAUACUAAUAUAAAGAAAGUUCUGAAUGAUCCUACACAGCCAUAUGUCGAAACUGGUCCCUAUGCUGAAAUUUCAAUUCGUGAACUUCUCAAGUGGGUUGAGUUACUUAUCUGCUGGCAAAAACAGAAUACCUCGUGGUCUCAUGAUAUAACGUCUCGUCUCUCUUUUCUCAGUUUCAGUGCAUGGUGUAUCUAUGGUGCACGAUACCGUGCAGCAGGUCGUAUUCUAAUCGAAAAUAUUCUAACUGACGAUGGUAAAGGUGGUUGGGGACGUCCAGCUCUACAGAAUAUCGAAAUGACUAUUGAUCAUAAUCAGAAUUAUGUCUACUUUGAUAAUGUUCGGUAUCCUGUUCGAUUAGAAUUAGAUAUUGACGAUGAUGCAAGAAAAGAAUGGACAUCGACAUUUACUACAGCUAAUCUUGAAACAAUCGAUUAUGAUCAAAAUAUCUGGAAUAUAGCUCUCAAAAUACAUGCGACCAUUCAUAAAGCAUUAAUGACGAAUGAAUUUAUUCGCUUGCAUGGUAUCUAUCGUAUAGAUCGUUCUUGGCUUUGGGAUUGGCUUAUCUCAGCAGCUCGCUUAAAUCUUCUUGGACAACAAAAAGAUUUUAUACUUCAUGGUUGUAAGAUGUAUCAAAGUCGCUUUCGUCAUAGUCGAGCACAAGAAACAAUUCGUAAUUGUUUCAAUCAAAUCUUCAAUGAUUCUGAUUUGACACAAAAUAUUGCAUCUGAUGAUGUUUUCAUGCGACCAGAAAUGCCCUAUGUGCUCACUGAUCGUGUAUUGUCAACAAUCAAACAAGUAUGUUUCAAUAUGAACAUUAAACAACCGAUUUUAAUUACGGGAGCUGAGGGAUGUGGUAAAUCAGAACUUUUAUUGACAUUGGCUUGGUUCUGUGGUCAACAAGUACAUCAAUUGAAUAUCACUCCUGAAACUGAACCAUCAGCUCUUGUUGGUCAACUUGUUCCAAAUGAUAGCAAAGAUGAAAAUGAUCCUAAUUAUGGUAAGAAAUUGAUUUGGCAACAUGGAUGUGUUACUCAAGCAUAUAUCAAUGGUCAAUGGGCACUUCUGGACAAUCUUGGUACGGCUGAAUCAUCAGUACUUGAACGGCUCAAUCCUGUUCUUGAACAGAAGCCUAUGCUAAUAUUAACAGAAAAAGGUGAUGUCGAUGAACAACCUAUGCAUACAAAUUAUCAACUUGUUGCCACAAUGACACCAUCAGAUAUUCGUCAUCCAUCACAAACUAGUUCGAGUGGCUCGACCAGUGAACUUUCGCCAGCACUGUACAAUCGUUUUGCUGUCAUUCAUAUGGAAGAUCUAUCAUUCGAUAUCACUCAUGAUUCACAAGAAUUAGUUCUUAUUACCAAAGCACUUCUAUCUGAUGAAUCUAAUAUCGAUCAUGCAUUGGUUAUUGAAUUAUGUCAAACGAUUCUUUCGUUUUAUAAAUCUAAUACGAAGAAUUUUCCUAGUCUAUGGACAGCUUAUCAUGUAACGAUUGCCAAUCAAAUUAAAAGUGAAGAACUUCGAAAUCAAGUUACUAAUCAAAUCAAAGAAUUACUUGAGAAAGGUCGAUCGACGGUCAAACUUCAUCAACCCAAAUUCAUUGAUUGGAUUAAUGAAAGUACUGAACAUAUCUUAACUGAAAGUCGACUCAAUUACGCAAAUGCAGUAUUAGGUGCCGUAGCAUGUAACAUUCCUCUUCUACUUGAAGGGCCAGCAGCAGUCGGUAAAACAGCACUCAUCUCCUACUUAUGUAAACACAUGAAAUCUCAAACAUUGAAUAAUACUUCGAACACAACGAUUCAACUCGAACGAGUCAAUAAUACAGAUACAACAACUAUUCAAGACUAUCUUGGUACAUUUCUACCUACCAAUGAUGGUUUUACUUUUCAGAAAGGAGCUCUCUAUAGAGCUAUGGAGAAUGGUUGGUGGUUUCUUGCCGAUGAAUUCAAUUUAGCUGAUCCAUCAGUUAUGAAUAUGUUAUUUCCAUUACUUGAAGGUAAAAAUACCAUUACCAUUCCAUCAAGUGGCAAAAUAAUCAAGGCUAAUUCUGGUUUUCAAUUCUUUGCAACACAAAAUGAUGCUUCAUAUGCUAAUCGACAUCAAUUGCCUGUGUCAUUACGAAAUCGUUUCCUCGAAGUUCAAUUCGGUGAAUUUCCCAAAAAUGAACUACCAGAAAUCAUUCGUAGACGUAAUGAAAUUGGAAAACAAAAGCCUGUAUGUUUGACAGAUGCAUCAACUUGUCAACUUGCCGAUUUCUAUCAUAGAGUUAUUCGCACUCAAUCACGUAUUACAUUUCGUGAAUUAGUGAAAUGGCUUCAUCGACAUGCUCUGUUCUCACCUGAAAAGGAACUCUGGCCUAUUGUUGGUGCUUCGCUUUUGGGUGCCAAAUAUCCAUUCGAUUUUACAACGCGACAAACACUUCUAAAUGAUCUACAAUCGGUCUGGUCUAAAAUUCAUAUGUCACCAAAUCCACAGAUCGAAAUUAAAGAAAUAGGUGGACAAGUUCGUUUUCGAGAAGGUGAACUCUACGUCGAUAUGCCAAAGAUGAGUUUAACUGAUAGUCUAGUCCUUACAUCCCCUGAGAUAUUUCAUCGUUCACUUGUUCGUCUUGCUCUAGCCGUUCAUUCCAAAGAACCUAUUUUGCUUAUCGGUCCAACUUCAUGUAAGACAUUACUUGUAGAAACAUGGACUAGACUUUCAAAUCGAUCGCAUGAACUCGUCAAAGUACAUUUAACACCAGAUACAGAAGCUAGUGAUCUAAUUGGUGAAAUUCAACCUUACUCGUUUCUUGAUCUACUUAAACGAUUACCGGCUAUGGUUGAGCGUGUUUAUCUUCGAUUUCUAAGUCUUUGUCGACAUCAUAGUACAACAGGUGAAGUGACAAUCAACGAUGAAAUUUUUCUCAAAAAUCUACGUGAUAUCAUUAUAAGUCGACUUCCUGAUGCCAUUCGAGAAUUCGAAAUAGCCUAUACACGUGAUGAAGAACAUCGACAACAAAAAGAUGAUCGUCAUGAUGAUUUUACAGUAUUUCGUGCCCAAGCCGAAGCUAUACUCAUACCAGUAUCAUCUACUGAAAUUCUUGUUGAGAACGAGAAAGAAAUAGAAUCGACCAUAAGUCUAUCAACCUCUUCAUCGCAAUUGAAACCAACAAUAAAUACAUCAUUUCCUAAUUUCUAUGAAUCGGAUGAUUCCUAUGAUACUUCAUAUCAACCAGAUAUGGGACAAGUCUACUCAGAUGAGUCCUAUGACAUGAUCGAUGAUGGAUUUGGAAAUUAUAAUGGAGACUUCAAUCAUCAAGAUUUGUCAACCACAGCUACCAGUACUCCAACAACAGACUAUUUUGAUGAUGGUUUCAGACAACCAAUACCUUCGUCGCGAUUGGAUGUUCAGUCAGAAGAAACUGUUUUUGAAUUCGAUGAUGGAUUUCAUGUGCUUGUUCAUGUGCAAAAACCCGAGAUUCUAUCAGAAUCAGAGAAAGAAUCCAAAGAUCAACCACAACCGAUCAUACUUGAUGAUGGCUUUUCUAACAUGAUGAGUACAACAACUACUACCGAGUCAAUUCUACCAUCUACUACACAUCCGAAUCCAAUCUACGAAACAGAAUUUCCCGAAAACCUAAUCACUACUAUUGAGGAAAUUCGUGAUGAAUUCAAAAAAAUGCUUCAACAAAACAACUAUGCUUCAUUCACAGCUAAAGAUGCAACAUUACGUGAUUAUCAAUCGAAAUUCAAUGAUGUCUGGGAACGUCUAACAUCACGUAAUUUCGAUCGUACAAAACCAAUAUUUCUCUUCAAUGAUGGACCAGUGACAAUGGCAGCUAAACGAGGCGGUAUUCUCUUUCUUGAAGAUCUCGAUCUACCGAGUCAAGCAGUGAUUGAACGAUUGAAUUCAAUGCUCGAACCAAGUCCUACUUUUGCACUUACUGAAGAUAUAACAAGUCAUGCUGAAAAAGGUCAACUUGAUAUAACACUAUCGAAUCAAUUUCAAAUUUUUGCUAGUGUUCAUCAAGAACAAGCUCAUCAAGUACUCAAAUUAAGUCCAGCUACACGUUCAAGAUUUACAGAAAUUUAUGUUCCAGCUUAUCUUGAAAAAGAUCUUCAAAUACUUGUUAAAUCAGAACUAAACAAACAGAACGUACAUGCCAAUCAAAUUGAUUCACUUGUUGAAAUCAUGUUUUCUUUACGUCGAAAAUUACGCGAUGAUCCCGAAUGGAAACUUGACAAUGAUAUUCAAUUGUUGUUUCGUUGGACUGAUUUCAUUACUAGUCAUCAUUCAUCACUAUCUCUUGUUAAUCGUCUCUUUCUUGGUGCUCGUUUCUUCUAUUUUGAUCAAUUACCCUUAUCAAGACAUGCAUUUCUUUUCGAACAAUGGCUUAAAAGUUUAUCGCAAACGAAUAAUUAUGAUGAAUAUAAUGAUAUUUUCAAAGUUCCAACAGCUUCACAUGGAGCAAUUACUAUUGAAUCGAUUACAUCGAAUGAAACAAAUGAAGAAUUGAAGGUUCCAUUCAAAGUCGGCAAUGGAUAUGUAGCAUUAAAUUAUACUGGUGUUCGAUAUUCUACUGAACAAAUCGAUGAACAGAAUCAAACAAAACAAUUAAAAGAACUCUGUCAACGUUUCUAUUGUGUUCCAACACCAACAUUAAUCAAUCAAAUUGCACGUAUAUUUGCAGCAACUUCAUCUCGAACACCAUUAUUACUCGAAGGUCCACCAGGUAUUGGAAAAACUCAAGUAGUUACACAAGUCUGUUCAUUACUCAAUAAACAAUGUGAACGAAUCAAUUUGUCAGCAAAUACAUCACUCGAUCAAUUAAUUGGUUGUAUUAUUCCUCGAUUUGUCAAUGGAACACGUAUUUUUCAAUGGCAAGAAGGUCGAGUUUUAUCAGCAAUCAAAGCUCAAAAAUGGAUACUUUUCGAUGAACUCAAUUUAGCUGCACCUGAAGUACUCGAAGGUCUUACACCUUUAUUUUAUCGAGGUACAACACACUUCACUGUACCAACAACAGGUGAAAUAGUUGAUAUGAAAAAUGUUCUUCUAUUUGCUACAAUGAAUCCAUCGACAAUCGGUGGUGGUCGAAGUAAAUUGCCUCGUUCAAUCAGUAAUCUAUUUACUAUUGUUCAACUUGAUGAUUAUUCCGAAAAAGAAUUACGUAUUAUUCUCAAUCGUUUAUUUGUUCAUGAUCUAGAAGAAAAAAAUAUUAAUAUGGAUCAACUUGAUGCCUUAUUUCAAACACAUACAUCACUCAAAGUACUUGUACGACAAGGUAUACUUGGACGAACAGGUGGACCAUAUGAACUCAAUUUACGUGAUUUAUCCAAAUUUCGAGAUAUAUUUCGUGGUUCAAUCGAUAGUCAACUCUUUCAUUAUCAAUAUAUGAAUACGAAUGAUGAUGAAAAUCAAGAAAAUAAGACAACAGAAGAACUGAAUCCAACUAUGGACACAUCCGAUGCUCGAUUUUUAUCAAUUCGUAAAUUUGCUCAAGUUGCUUAUGCAUGUCAAUUUCAAGAUCAAAAUGAUUUUGUUCAAGCUUGUGAAUUAAUUAAUUCAAAAUUUCCAAUCAAUGCAGCUUUGAGUAAACGAGAAAAUGAUUGUUCAAUUGAUACAAGUGUAGCAACUGUUGUACGUAUCGGUUCAAUUUAUGUUGGAACUGGAAGAGAAGAACCAUCACCAAUUCAUACUGGACUUAUUCAUACAAAAAAAACUAUUCGUCAAUUAGAAUUACUUGCAGCUGCAUGUCAAUCAAAACGAGCUAUACUUCUUGAAGGUGAUAUUUGUUCUCGAAAAUCAUCACUUGUUAUGGAACUUGCUCGUUUGACACGUCAUCGUCUCAUCAUUAUUCCAUUACAUGAGAAUUUCGAAACAACAGAUCUUAUUGGUUCUUGGCGACCAAAUAAUGAUCAUGAACAUAAUGAUCCUUUAUUCAAUAAAAUCGAUACAAUGUUUAAACAAAUUAUUAAAAUGCUUUUUCUUAUCAUUAUGCCACUCUUAUCAAAAGCAAGUAAUGAACAUGUAUUCAAUCAAUUCAAAAUAAUUCUUCAAAAACGAACAAUUAUGAUAGGUACAAGUCGAUAUGAAAUGAUUCCAUAUGAAAUCGAAGCUCUUGAUGAAACAAUAAAAUUGUUAACAGUAUUGACAAAAAUUUCUCAAAUGUCUAAUGAAAUUAAAGUACUUAUUUCAUGUUAUGUACGUCAAGCUGAUUAUUAUGUUAGUAAAUUGCAAUAUGCUCGUUUGAAUGUAAAACAAGAUAUUGGUUUUAUAUUUGUUGAAUCAGAAUUUGUUCAAGCUAUUCGUGAAGGUUGGUGGGUUCUUCUUGAUAAUAUCAAUAGUGCACCAGCUGAAGUACUUGAACGAUUAAAUUCUUUAACAGAAGAUAAUCCAAUGUUAUCAUUAUAUGAAAAUUCAAAUGGACAAAUUUUAACACAAUCAAAUGGAAUUCAUCCAAAUUUUCGUCUUUUUACAACAGCUAAUCUUAAUCGAAUCUAUUCAAAUAAAUUAUCAUCAGCAUUUCUUAAUCGUGUUAUUCGUAUUUGUUUACCACCAAUUGAUCAAUGGAAUAUAACAAAUGAAAAUGAUCCAACAAAAAGUGAUUUAUUUGAAUUAAUAUCAAUUCAAUUAGCAACAAUACCAGCUGGAAAACAAUUGACACAUUUAUUAAUUUUAAUGCAUCUUAAUGUUAAACAAUAUGUUAAAGAUGGUCAUUUAACUUAUCCAAGUGAUUUUCUUGUUACUUAUCGUCUUCUUGAACAAUGUAUACGUACUUUAAAAUAUUUAAUCAAACAAAAUAUCAAUCCAGUUGAUGCUUGUUAUUGGUCUUUAUUGAGAUCUUAUUGUUCAUCAUUACAAAAUCCAUUAGAAUAUCAAUUUUAUCUUAAUCGAUUACAAGAAACAAUUAAAAAUCUUCAACUUUGUUCAACAUCAACAAUCUAUUCAACAGCAACAGAUCAAUUUGAUCAAAAACAACCAAUUUGGUUUCAACAAACACAAUUGAUUCGUUCACAUUUUAUUCAAUUUGAACAAUUUCUUGUUGAAUUAAUUCUAACUAUAAUUCAAUUACUUGCUAAUGAUAAUCAAUUAAAUAAAUUAACUUGUGAUCUUCUAACAUUAUUUAUUGAUGAUAUUCUUCUACUAAUGACACCAACUGAUGCAUAUCUAAUUCAAUUAAAACAAAUAUUAAUCAAUGAAAAGGAUAUUCAAUUUGAUUUAUCGAAAACUUUAUUUGAAUUAAUUCAAAAUAAACAAAUAACACCUCGUUCAGAACUACAACGUUCAAUGAGUAUUUCAAAUUUUAUUCAACAAUUUCGAACAAAUGAAUCUUCAUCAUUUGAAUCAUUAUGUCAUGAAUUAAGUGAAUUAUUAGAUCAUUUUAUAGGUCAAACAUCAUUUAGUGAUACAUAUGAACGUCUUUUAUUUGUUCAACGAAUAAUUUCAAUUAUUGAAACAUUUGAUCGAUUUUUUAGUUCAUCAAUUUUUAAUUUAUUCGAUCAAAAAACUCAACUCAUAGAUCUUUGUUCACAUAUAAAUCAAUAUCUUCGAUCGUUAUUAUCAUUCAAAGAUAAAUGUUUAAUCUUUGAAUUCUUUCAUGAUCCAUCAUUUCUCAAUGCUAAACAACAAUUUCGUAUACAUAUGUUUAAUAAUUUUGAUAGUGGUCUUAUUUUUUCAUUUGAACAUGCACAAACAUUACCAAUUCGAUCAUCACGAAAAGAUAUUCGAAAACUUGUUGAAUUUAUUUUAAAAGAUCAAUCAAAAUUGAAUUCUAUUGAACCAAUACAAUAUUUUUCAACACUCUUAGAAUGGAUUAGUCUUCGAUGGAUAUUUGAUGAUUAUUUAUCACCAACUAUUCGACAAGUUUUAAAACAAAAUAUUUGUAUAACACAUGAUUUUAUUAUUGAAUGUGAAAUAAAAUUUUCUUGUUGGGAAUUAUGUACAAUAUUAUCAAUAAUGAUUGAACAAAUUGUUCGAGAAUUACCUUCCGAAUCAAGUACAAUCAAUAAUGAUUAUUUACGAUUGAAGAAAGGAUUAGAAACUAAAGAUAAUGAAAUAAAACAAUGUGAAGAAAGUCUUCAACAAAUAAUGAAUCGUAUUGCAACUACUACUUCGGAAGAAAAUCCAUCAAUAGAUAGAAAUCCAAUAACAGCAGUAACGAGAGUGACGACAAAUAUGAGAGCACCAAUUGGACGUACUACAUCUCUAUACCAAUCAGAAGAUAAUGAUUUGCAAGUUCGAGCAGAUGAACUCCGACAAGAAUUAUCUCAACGACGAACUGAAAGAAAUCAAUUGUUUGAUCAAUUAGCUCGAGUUGAGCAAACUCAUACUACUACUAUCGAUAAAGUAUUAGCUGCACGUUCAAAAUUUCGUGAUGAGAUGAAAAAAAUACGAGAAUCUGCUGCUUUCCAAUAUAUUCGAAGUCGAUUUGAACAAUCCGAUGCGAAACAAUUCGAUCGAUUUUUUCAAAUUUUGAUUGAUGCUCCUCGAAAUCCCAGUUUAAUAAAUAUCGAUGGUCAACUUGAUCUUCGUGCUGUUCUUGCAACACCAUUUGGACGACAAUUAAUCGAACAUGAUGAUAUACUUGAAACACCAUUGAUUCUUUUUCUCUGUGGACUUUUUAUUUAUCCUAAUUUAUAUCAAGGACGUCGCUUACAAAUUAUCUCCAAUUGGAAACAAUUUCAAAAUCAAAUCAAUAUUCGUACAUUGAAUCGUUUCGAUCUACUCAUCUAUUGUCCAAAUAAAAAAUCAUUCGAUUGUUGUCUACUUUCAAUUGAAAAUGAAUCUCGUUCGAUAUUGAUUCAUAUGUUUAGUUUACAACAAGAUAUUGAAACAAAUGAAUUAUGUACAAUUUUAAAUGAAACUUUACCUGAUGAAAUCAAAUAUCAAAUUGUACAAGAACAAUUACCUUAUGUUGAUGGAAUUCUAUCAGAUAAUGAUCAACAAAUAUUUGGAUUUACUUGUCUUUUAUAUUUAUAUAAACAAGCAAAUAUAUCAAUGACAAAAUCAAUAAGUGAUAUCUAUGAUCAAAUAAUUAUUAUUUAUAAUCAACUUAAACAAUUUAUUAAACAUAAUGCAAUUGAAAGAAAAUCAUUAACAGUUUUUAUUUAUCAACAAUUAAUUCGAUUAGAAAAUGAAUUUGAAAAUCUUCAGAAAAAUAAUUUUAAUGAUGAUCUAUGGAUAACAAUAAUUCAAUCAAUGUGGACAUUUAUAAAACCUUAUCAAGAUACAUUUUCAUCAGUUACUGUUCAAAAUAUUUAUCAAGAAUUAAAAUAUUUAAUUCAAUCAAUUCAACCACCUGAUCUUAGUAGUUGUUUAACAUCUUUAGCAUUUAUAAAAUCUUUAACAAUUAAUUAUAGUUGUGUUCAUAUGAUUGAUGAACAUUUACGUAAAAUUGGUAAUUUAACAGAUAAUAGACAUCUUCAAGAUUUUCAACUUCUAUUUGAUUUUAUUAAAAAAUCAAUUCGUCUUCUUAAAUUAAUCAUUCAACAUGUUACUUUUGGUGGUGAACAAUUUCCAGAUGAACUUUAUAAAUUUACACCAGAUACAAUUGGACAUCUUGAAAUGAUUUUUCGUUCAACAUUAUCAUUAAUUGAUAUUGUCAAUGGACAUAUAAAAAUCGGUGCUAAACAAUCUAAACAACAAUUUAAAGAAUUUCAAGAGAAACUUGAUCAAUGUUUAAUAAAUCUUCAUUUACCGCCUACUCUUCUUUCUCGUUUUGGACUUAUUAAUUUUAUUACUUUUCUAGCACCAUUAUUUGAUGAAAAUCGAGAAGAUUCUUUAUUAGUUAAUCUACAAUCACAUGAAUCAAAAUCAAAUUCAUUUACAAAUAUUGAUCCAAAAGAAUAUCGAAGAAAAACAAUGCAAAAUAAAAUCGAUAUUACAAUAACUAAUAUUAUUAAUUUAUUAUCACAUGCUGGUCAACUACCACUUCGACCUCAUCAUAUCAUUCAACAUAUACAUCAAACAUUACAUAAAUUAAAAACAUUCGAUAUUGAUCAAGAAAGUGAAACAAGUUUCAAUUGGCUUCUUUCUGAAGAACGAACAUUAACUAAUUUACUUGAAAAAUUUACACGUGAAAUUAAUCAAUAUACAAUAUUUCAUGCUCCAUUACCAAAUGAUCGAUCUAUUCAUGAUCUAAAUGAUAUUGAAUUUCAAUUAAAUUCAUCUCAAAUAAAAAUAUAUAAUUAUCAAUCAGAUUUGAAAAUUUUUCGUGAAAAUAUUCAUAAUAGUAGUAAAAUUCAUUCAUUUUCAGAAAUGAGUCAAAUUAUUCGAUUAACUCAUGCACAAGUAUCAAAUCAAACAUGGAUACGAGCAAUAUGUCUAUUGACAUCCAAUCAAAAAGAUCAAUUAAAAACAAUUUUAAUUACUCUCAAUGAUGAUUUAACUAUGCAACUUGAACGAAAUUCAAAUAAUAUUGAUAAUGAUCGAACAUUAAUAGAUAAUGUUGUUUUAGCUUAUGCUCAAUUUCGAUGUGAUCUAUUAAAUGAAGAAGCUAAUCGUAAUAUGUUAUCAAAUUAUAUUUCUGUUGCUCAUCUUUCAACUGAACUUCGUGAAUGGACAAAAAAAGCAAAUUUGAAUGUAUUUAAUAUGUUGGAAAAUAUCAAACGAAUUCAUGAUGAUUUAAAUCUUGCACAAAAUCAAAUGAAAAAUUUUCCAUCAGAUUCUAGUUGUAGUCUUUUACCAAUUGAUAUAAGACCAGAAGAUCUUCUUUGUCUUCUUGUACCAGAACAUACUUCGAUUAUACAAAUGAUUUGUUCAAAAUUCAAUGAUAUCGAAUUAUUACUUUCAUGUCGUAUCGAUAAAGUUGAACCUAUGCAUUUAUCAGCUACACUAUCAUCUUUAACAGCUACCCAUGGUCUAUCGAGCUAUAUUUAUCGUCAUCAAACACCAAUGAUAUUUUUAUUUGAUCGGCAAAAACAUAUUCAUUAUAUUCUCAAUGCAACAGUCAAUGUUAUUCAACAAUUAAUCGAUUUAUGUAUUGAUCCACGAAUUCAAGAAAGUCUUCUAAUGAAAAUUUGUACAAGUGUUAAAGAAUUAUUUCCUAUUCAAAUGGCAUUAGCAUUGAUAUUAAUAAUUUUGAUCGAUUGGGCAGCAAUAAAUCUUGAUGAUUUCAAACAAAAUCAACAUUUAUUAAAAUUAAUAACAUUAAAAAAUGAUGAAAUUGAAUUAUUAAACUUAAAAACAAAUCUUCAUCAACUUGAACAAGAAGUAAAUAAAUUAGAACAAGAUUUAAACAAACGUCGACGUGAACGAGAAGAUGCUGAAUUAGAACGUCAUAUAGCUACAAUUGAAGAUUAUUUUCUUGUCGAAAAUCUAGAUAAAAAAGUAAAUGAAUAUUAUCAACGUGAAGAAUCUGUUAAAAAAAGUAUAAAGAAAAAACAAACUGAAAUAAUAAUAGUUAAACAAAAUCUUGAACAAUUAACAAAUUCAUAUAAUCAUCAAUUAGAACAAAAACAACAACAAUGGAUGAUUAAUCUUCUAAAUUAUUUUGAAAAAAUCUCUCAUGUAAUCAAAUUAUAUAUUAUUAAUUUAGGAAAACAAUUUGAAUCAGAUAUUUCAAUAUCAACUGAUCUUAAUACUCUUCUCAAAAUUCCAAUAUCAAUUGCUUAUCAAAGUUUACUUGAAAUAACAAAAAUUUUUAUUGAUGAUAGUCAAAUUGAUAGUUUACAAACAGUUAUAUCUGAAAUAUUAAAUGAUCUUCGAUCUCAUUCAAUGUCUUUAGCUGAAACUGAUCCUAUGCAUUUAUUUAUUUCAUUCUAUUGUGAUAUAAUAAAUAUUUCACUUUUAUCAUUAAAAAAUUCAUCAAAAAGUUGGAAACAUUAUUCGAAAAUAUUUGAAACAUCACAAAUGAAAUUUUAUGCUGAAAAUAGAAAAAAACAAAAUUUAUGUCAAUUAAAUUUAUCUAUACGAGAACAAUGUUCUUUAUUUCUUAAUCAAAUUCGAACAGGAUAUGAUCAAAAUGAUAUUAUAAAAAAUGCACAAGAUAUAAGUAAAUAUAUACGUUGUGAAGUAAUAAAAUUUGAUGUUUUAAUAGCUAAUGAACAAAAUAAACAAAUUCAAUAUUUAAUUCGAGAAUUUGAACGAUUUGUUAUUUAUUUACUUGUUGCUGGUUGUCGUUAUUUACAAUUACAACGUGGAAUACGUGAACCAUUUGAUGAUCUUUUAAUAGGUAUAACAACUGAAACAAUCGAUUUUACACAAUUUCCACGUACAGAAAUUGAUUUACUUAAUUUAUUAAAUCGAUAUGAAAUGCAAUUAAAAAGUCAUAGUGAUACACUUUUAUUUCUUCCAUUACAUCUUAGUUUUAUAUUCAAUUCAAAUCCAUUUAAUCUUUUCGAUCAACUUGAACGUUCACUUCAAAUUUUAAUACAAUUUAUUUUACCUUCUGUUUUUCUUAUUAAACGUACAUGGUCAACAAUUGAUAAAUUACUUGAGAAAAUUUCUCAUAUUCUAACUGAUGAUGAAUAUUUUAUUCUUAAUAAUCUAUGUCAUAAAUUUUUAUAUUUAACAGAUGAAUCAUGUCAAAUAACUGAUAAAGGUGAUUUUAUAUCUAAACAACUUCAAUCGAAUCUAUUCGAAAGUUUAUCAAAAUUAAUCGAUAAUUUAUGUGAAAUAUUAUUAAAAAAUCGAUCAAAUAUGAAAUUAUUUUGUGAUGAUCUUAAUCAACGAUGGCAUUUAACAAUGAAAGAAAUGUUUCGUAGUUUUAUUAAAAUACAAAAAUUUCAUAUUCAUCGACAACUUUCUUGGAAUCAACGUAAAGUUAAACAAAUUAAUAGUUCUUUAUUUUCAUCCGAAACAAAUGAUACACUUCGAUUAGCAGAUAUUGAAAAAAUUCUUCAACGAAAAAAUACCAUUCUUCAAUCGAUUAAUUUAAAUCAACGAUCAAAAUAUUUAAUGGAUCUUUAUUAUCUUCAAACUAUCUAUCAAUUAUCAAUCGGUGGUAUUGAUAAUUUAGAAUUGAUCAUUAUGAAUAUGCCAAUGGAAAAUAUGGAUUAUGAUCUUUAUUUUAAACUACUUCAUUCAACACGUGAGAUCUAUAAUUUAAGUGAAAAAUUACUUCUUGAGCAAACUCUCAUGAAUUUUAUUCAUCAUAAUCAACAAAUUGAAUCUGCUUUUAAAUUACUUGAAAAUAUUUAUCGACAAGAAUAUAGAAUUUUUCAAGAUUUUUAUAUUGUAUCCAAAGAACAAGUAGAAAAUAGUUCUAAUGAUUUAUGGAGUUCAAUUGAUUUUCAUUCACUUGUCAAACAAGCAACAGAAGCCAAUGAACGAUGGCUUAAUGCUGGAAAAGAUUUUGUACAAUUACGUCGAAAAAUUCGAACAAAAAAUGAAGCUUAUGUUCAAAAAGCCAAACGAAAAUUGGUUGAUUUUGGACGAAGUGUUAUUUCAUUCUUCUCUUUGAAUUCAAGUAUAUCUACUCAUAAUGAUCUUGAUGAAUGUUUUGCAUUAUUACUUCAAGAAAUUCUCUGGUAUAUGCAAUCACAACAACAAGGUAUUCAUCGAAUUUUUACUAUGGCAGAUCAAGGUGAAUUACAUAAAGUAAUCGAUCUACAUAAACGCUAUCAAUCAUCACUUAAUCUUGCACCAUUGAAUAAAGAAUUAUUUCCUAUAUCUGAAAAUAUAUUUCUUUUACAAAUCGAACGUUUGAACAAACAUUUGAACGAAAUUUAUAUUUUAUUUUGGGAUUCAAAUAAACAAAAAUCUCCAUGUCUUACUUUAACCAUCUCAUUGAACAAGGCAUUAACAAAGAUUCACAUUGUUCUUGGAACAGAAAUAACACAGUUGGCCAUUAAUAUCUUUGAUAUUAGUGGCAUGAAAAUGAGAUGGUCAACACUUGUUGAUAGUCGAAUACCAUAUCAUGUAAUUAAUAAUUUGAAGUUAACGUGUCAACCACUUUAUCAAAAAUAUUGCUUCAUAGCAAAUGGUGUUGCAAGUGACCUGAACAUAUCAAAGAUUCUAUCAAUUGAUGAUUUACAACAUAGUUUCCGUGAAUUAGAAGAACAGCUCACUGUUCAAAAUCAACAAAAUAAAGAAGAAGAAGAAUUUCGAUCAUUAUCCAUUACUCGAGCAAUUCAAAUAUUGGCCAAUCAUAUGAAAGAAAUUCUUUCUAUGAUAAAUUGCUCAAAACCAGGUCCAAAUGAUUUAUCAUCUCCUUCGAAUAUCUAUCAUCUAUUCAUGCAAUUACCACAAGUCGAUAUACUAAAGAAAAUUCUCGAUCUAUUAGAAAUCAAAGAAUUUGCAUCAAUUUCACCACUAAUACAAUUCGUUCAUGAUGAUGAUCCAGCAAUAAGACUCGAUUUCCAGUAUGUACAAACUUAUUCAAUGGAAGCAGCGUUUAGUUCAAGUCGACAUUGUCUAUUAGAUGCCAAAGCUCAAUUACAACAUUUCAUCAAUAAUUUACACUUGAAUCGAGUACAUCUGGUUCUAACUUAUGCAUGGGCUAAUGCUCUUUCGACUCAUGGAUCUUCAGAUACUCAACAAGGAUUUUCUGCUAUGUUGAAUGAAUGUACACAGCUGAGUCAAAUACCAAUGGAAAAUAAUCAAGAAAAUUUUCAACAUUUAAAUGAAUGUCGACGAAUACUGAAAGAUGCACAACGAAUCUUUCGAACAAUUAAGCGAACAUCGAAUAAUUGGAUUGAAAUCAAACGUCUCAUAAGUUUAUCAUCCUUACCUAUCGAAGAUGAUCUUACUACGGCAUUUAUUCAUUCUGAAAUGAGUCGUGAUGCUCAUUUAUGGUUGAUCGAAACAAUGAGUGAUGAUAAUACAUCAACUAGUCUAACAUGUCAUCCAAAAAGAGCUAUCCUUGAUUUUGGUAGUACACUCAGUGGUAUUCAUCAGCGAUUGACUCAACGUAUAUUUAUUCAUAAUCAUACUGAUCGAGAUUUGAACUUACGAGUCGAUCGAACUGUUACGGAUGAAUCUGCAUUCGAUGUGACGAAUGAAAAUGUACAAGUUAAUGCCGGUCAUAUGUUUGAAUUUGAAAUAUUCUUAAGACCACCGACAACGAUUGGCUCAUUCAAUGAAAAUUGGAAUCUUCUUAUCGAUAAUACAAUUACUCUUUCGAAUGUCAUUCAACCUCAAAUUCAAAUUGUCGAGAUCGAUGUCGAAAAAUCAGCUGAUACCAUUGAUUUUGGUUUUGUAGCCUGUAGUAAUAAUCGAAUCGAGAAAACAAUCGAUCUGAAAAAUGUUCUAACAUGUCCUGUACGUAUAAAGUCACAAUUACAAGCAACUGAAAUCAAUCAACGACAAUCUCAUUUGCUUAUCCUCAACAAUGAAUUUGAUUUACCAGCUAAUUCAAUUUUACCUUUUGGUAUCGCACUUGAACCAACAGAUAAUAUCGAAGAAGAUAUCGAUGCAGAUGUUUGUCUGGCGAUCAAUUCAGCUAAAAAUCUCAAAUGGAUCAAAGUACUUGCACAUGUUCGAUGUUUACAUCUCGCAGUGAUCUAUCAAGGUCGUACUUAUAUUGAAAAAAAUUCAUUAGAUCGAGUAUUGAUUGAUGAUUUCUACAAGGGUGAGAAACGUAUCAUUUCUAUGGAAUUUCGAAAUGAUGGGCCAAUCGAAUAUACACUUCGUCUUUCCUCGACUAAGCUCACUCUUACAAUGACUGAAGUCAAUCUACCUGUAAACACGACGAAAACAAUUCCAAUUGAAAUACAAAUGUCUACAAAUCUUCAUCAAGAAUUUGUACUCUUCAUUCAUUUUGUUAAUAACAAACGUCAAUGUCAAUUGACAUUUGACUGUCAAACAGCUGAAGCUAAAUUGACCUAUUCAACACGCAUAUCUGAUAUUAAGCAUAUUAUCACUAUAGGCCAAUCGGCUCAAAUGCAACAAAUCUGGAAUGCAGAUCGUCAUCAAUUACUACCUAUUGAACAUGAAAUUACAUUCACGAAUGCGAGCAAAGCUGCUGCUACUUUGAGCUACAAACGCAUUGUAUCAACACAAGAUCCUCGGAUGCCUUUAGCAUCACAGUUUCAUAUCGAACCUGACAAUCUUACUAUUCCACCACAAUCGAAAGUUCCCGUACGCUUUCUCUACUAUCCUGUUGAUUUGGGAAAGUUCGAUAUUCAAGCAGAAGUACAAACAAAUACUUCCAUCGAUCCGAUUAGUAUUCCAUAUUAUGUUGAGUUUCAAACGCCGAUCUUACAAACGAUACCACGAACUGUGAUCGAUAUUGGAUUAAUACAAACUGGCAAAAUCUUCAAAGAAAACAUGCUGAUCAUAAAAAACAUUGGACAAAAAGAACUUCGCUUUACCAUAUCGGAUCCUCUUCGACCAAAACCAUUUGUUAAAGUAGCCGCUUUACAAGAAUCAUCAGCUAAUUCAACACCUUCAUCAAUUAAUCAAACUCUACGAGUCAAUCCCAAUCAACAACGCUCAUUUAGUGACAAACAUACGACUCUGGCAUCUGUUAUUACUCAAGUUCUUUAUCUUCUCGAUAUCCUCAAUCCUGACAAAAAUUGGUAUUCUAUCAGACAACUGUACAUGCAUCUCUAUUCGACACCAACAUGGGAAACAAUCCUCAAGUUUGUUGACGUUCUUCACUGUCACCAAGAAGUUGUUCAUCUUACACAAGCACUGACUAAUGCCACUGCAGAAGAAACAAUGGCUGAAAUGAUCUUAAAACUUUGUCGUCUUGUCUUAACAAACGACGAACUGAAGUCGCUCAAUGUACAUGAAUCUUCGAUUCAUCAACUUUCAUCGAACAUAUCAUCAUCAUCGUCAUCAACUGACUUCUUUGAACGAAUUCAGUCUCUUACUCCACCAACAAUGCAACAGAAAAUUCAUGCUUAUCGAACUUUACUGCGCCUAUCAUCUCAUUCGACGCUGGACGAAGAAAGUCAACAUCUUCUAUUCAAUAACAUUGUUCCAUCAUGGUUGACAUUGUUUGAUAUUAAUUAUGCCAAAUCUCUUCGAUUUUUCAGCGUUAUAUCGUCUAUUUUGAUGUCAUUUAUUGGUCUGGUGUCGACCAGAGACAUUGCCUUUGGUCAACAACUUUAUACAACGAGUCUAGCAUCAGCACUUUGUAUUCUUUCAAACUGUCGUCAAAAUACUCGUGAAGUAUUCGCCGCCAGCUCAUCAGUUGUAUCUACAAUCACUUUUUCAUCCAUUCUCGCAGCUAUUCGUGAAGCUCUUACCAAACGUACUUGUAUUCGUCAAAUCCCACCAUCAAACACCGAACAGGCAAUGUCUGCUUCAUCCUCAGUACCACGAACAGUACUCACUAGAAUGACAUCAAUCGAAUGUCCUUAUUCUGAUGAGACACUAACAAAAAUGGAAAUAUCAGUAUUGAAUUAUAUUAAAAAUCUUUCUCGAUCAUCGAUUGUCUUUGUAGAAUCUCAUACUGUUCGUGAUAUUGUCGAUGCAGCACUUAUCACUCGAACACAGGUUACUCAGUGGUAUGCGAAUUUUAUCACUUUCAAUGUUCUUGUGCACUAUCGAUCGAAUUCAAAUGACUCAAAUCAAAUCAAAGUUGGUCAUGAUAUUGUUCAAUACGGUCUUCAGCUAUUCCGUGAUCUUUUUAUUGCAAGAAAAAUUCUUGAACCUACUUUUGCUCAUGUUGGUGUUCGAUUUUUGAUGAAAGACUUAGUACAACUAGAAAAAAGUCUACUUUCGUUAGCUCUCGAAAAGUAUCCAAUGAUGCGAAAGGUUCUACGUCAAUUGAAUGUUGAUGUCAGUCGAAUCAAAGUUGAUUUCAAACCUCCUUCAAAUUCUAUUGCUCCGAAAGGUAGAUCUUCGAAUAAAUCGAAAUUCGAUAUUCUUCAACAAAUAAAUACUACCCCCGAACCUACGGGACCGACAAGUGGAUCUGCACCCGUUAUCAGCAAUAACGACGAUGCACCAAUAUCAUUCGAUGAUUGGGAACGUGCAAUACGAACAAACAAUGAUGAACAGGUACAAGAUGCUAUGAAAUUGGCAAAGAAAAAACAAGAAAAGAAACUAAAAUCAAAGAAAAAGCAACUUGUCAAUUCAAAUCUUCAAACAAGUGUUCAGAAUUUAGCAACUGGAAUGUUAAAUCAAAAUACGAAUACAACAGAAGUUAUUCCUACAAGUGGUGGAGCAAGUCAAAGUGAGAUAUCUCCAGUCGAUAUGGAUUCAAAUCAAGAGAUCAGUCUUGAUCUACAAAUGAAAGCCAUGCACGAACAUUUGCAAAAACAACCGAAUCUGGUCGAAAUGUAUGAAAAAGCCGAUUCCAAAGUUGCUUCAACUGUACCCGAUGGAAAACUUGACAAUCGUUCUGCUCUAAAGCCAUCAGAACAGCACCAACAAUGGACUUAUCAAUUACUUGUUGAAGUACCAGCCAUUUCACGAAUGAUUGAUCUCAUCGUACAAGAAUUUCGUUCUCAUUGGGAAAAACUCGAUCUUCUUGAUGAACAUGAAAUUCGCUGGUGUAUCAUGAUUGAUAAUUCAGGUUCAAUGAGUGUUCACCGAAAUGCCAUUUAUGAAGCUCUCGUCAUUAUCAUGGAAUUAUUACGUAAACUUGAAAGUAAAUUCGCUGUUGCUCGAUUCGGUACACGAACUAAUCAGAAAAUUUUGAAAAAUCUCGAUGAUCUUUUUACCAAUCAAGAUGGACAAUAUGUUCUUGAAGCAUUGACCUUCGACGAAGGGACGUAUCCUGCAACAGGAUUAGCACGUAUUGCUGAUCGAGUCUUUCCAGUUGUAGAAUCAGAGAAAUCAUCAACUACAAUUGUGCAUCGUCUUGUACUUAUGAUUACCGAUGGUUUAACGCAGGAACGAGAUGAUGCCAGUUAUUCUCAUACAAUUACAAAAAAUAAAAUCGAUCUUGGUUUUAUGUUCAUCGAAACAGUCGAUCAGAAUAGCAGUCAAGUUCUGCUUAAAGGUUUGACACAAGCACAGAGCUGUAUUCUCAAAGCAAACAACAUUACUGAGCUUCCUCUCAAAGUACCUCAACUCAUGCAUGAAAUGAUCAAAGCUUGUCUAACAAAAACAUCUUCAUCAUCAUCAGAACAAGCUAUGAAAGAAUUACCAGUGAUAAAUAUCAGAGUACCGACUAUCAAUGAUGUUAUGCUUCUUCAAGAUAUUGCUACUGAAAAACAAUCUUACGUUGCAGCUAGUCCAAAUUCAUACACAAUUAGUAGUCCAACAGUCAACAUUCCAAAAUUAGCUCAAAUUCGAUCACAAUUAACGAGUUAUUUAUCACGCUCCAGCGAAUACACCGAUUAUGCAUCACAUGCUGUUGAUUUACUUCGUCAAUACUACCACGCACUCAAACUCACAUCUGCUAUGCAAGAUAUAGAAAAGAAAUGGAUCAGUGAUGAAUAUCGUUUUUCAGGUUUGAUCGAUGAUCUAUCGACUGUCCUUGGUGAUCUUGUCUUUCCAUUUAAUAAAUUUACACGUCGCCGAGCAGCACUACGUGGUUCAUCACUAUAUUUACCUGGUCUAAUCAAAGCGAUGACUACUGAAUGGAGUUACAAGAAAAUUUUCAGUGCCAAAUUGGCAGGUGGUAAACGAGAUCAUGCAAUGUGUCUUGUCAUUGAUGUUUCAACUUCUAUGUUCGGUACACUUAGCAUUGGUACAAUUCAUACAAUUGUCGUACUUAUUGCUGCUUUGCGUAAACUCAGCCUAGAGAAUUUUGGCAUCAUAGUGUUUGGUCAAAAUGUUCGAUUGAUUAAGACCAGUGAACAAGCCUGGGAUGCCACAUGUAUCUACACGUUGAUUCAACAGUUACGUUUUGAUCGAGAUGAUGACACUAAGGAUGCAGAUGCCAUUGAGGUCGCCAUCGAUCUUCUUGAUCAAUGUUCAGUUCGAGGUGAGAAAAGAAUUUUUAUUUUAACUGAUGGUUAUGGUAAUUGUGGAAGUCGACUAUCGAUGGUACAACAACGUGCUGAAGAUCAUAGUAUUGAUCUGAUUGCCAUGGCAGUUGGCAUCGAUCAAACCAAUCUCAAAUUAGUCUACAAACGAUAUUUACAAUGUGCUACACCAUAUGGAUUACCAAAAGCAUUGCGAGCUCUCUUCGAAAAUGAAACUCAAUUAUUUUCACUCGAAUGGCCAUCAAACAUGAAUACGGAUGGUAACAACACUGAUAAUUCUACUAGUACAAUAGAUAGUCUAUUUGAUGAUAUCAAAUCGAAGAAGAUCUUCGGAGAAUUAAUUCAAGAUUUAGCCGGUCAACGUGAUUUGAUGUUAAUCAACAGUGGCCAACCACCAUCGAAUAUGACUGUUGAUAUUUGUUUCUGUCUCGAUUGUACCGGAAGUAUGUCACGGUGGUUAUCGGCAGCUAAAGAUCAAAUGAAAAGCAUCGUCGAAGGUAUCACCAAAUUGAUUGAAAAAGAAUAUCCAUCACUCAAAUUACAAUUACGUUUUGCUAUUGUUGGUUAUCGUGAUAUUGGUGAUCAACCACAAUUCUUCACUCAAGAUUUCACUGAUAAUACUAAUCAAGUAAUUACUUUUCUUAAUACGUUAACAGCAAGUGGUGGUGAUGAUCUACCUGAAGAUGUACUUGGUGCACUUGAUUCUUGUUUAACUUUGACAAAUUGGAGUAAUACCAACGCUCGUUUUAUUGUUCUCAUCACUGAUGCACCUGGCCAUGGACCAGAACUAAAUGAUAAUCUCAGCAUUGAUCGACAUCCUCAAGGAGCCGGUACACACACAGUGAACAGUAUUUGUGAUCGUCUUUUAAAAAAAGAUGCAGAAAUCGAUCUCAUGUUUUGCCGCAUAAAACCAAAAGCAACCGCUAAAAUGGAAAAAGCAUUUCAGACCCAUUAUGAUGUUCAAAAGGACGAAACAGGCAAAGUAUUCACCACAAUUCAGCUAUUCGAUGAUAAACAACAAGAAACACAAUCGUUUCAUUUCGUCUUUGUGCUUGAUGAAUCAGGUUCGAUGACCGGUGAAUGGAACUCUUUGCAAUCUGCUUAUGUCGCAUUUUUGACACGACGUAAUGAUGAUCAAGGUGGAGAUGAUCAUUUUACUGUUGUUCAAUUUGAUUCUAAUGCACGAAUUAUUUGUCAGCAACAAAGUCUUGCAAAUACACCUCGUUCUCUAUCUAUGAAUGGUGGUGGUACAGAUUAUUGUCAAGGUUUAAAUAAAGCUGACCAAGCAAUUGCUGCUGAUCAUACAGCCUCAACGGUCGUGAUGAUUUUUAUGUCAGACGGUGGUGAUUGCAGUGGAGGAGAUCCUGUAGCACUCAUACGUCAAUUCAAACAGAAUUAUGAAACUAAUCAUAAAUUCGUCUGUCAUACAGUUGGCUUCGGAUCUGGAAUCGCUCAAGGAAGCAACGAAGCACAAUUACUUCAAAAUAUGGCCUCAGUCAGUGGUGGUCGAGCCUAUUCAGCAUUGACGGGUGCUGAACUUCAGACUGUAUUCAAUCAUAUUGCGGCGAACAGUACGACGAGUGAUGCACUUAUCGAACGUUUCUCGGCUAUUUUAGCACAAAAUAUAAGCAUUAAAAUUAUGGUCGAUUAUCUUUGA